AUGCACGUUGCCUUUCUCGUAGCCGCGUUGCCCCUCACUGGCGCAGUACCUCGGGGCCAGUCUGCGAAUCGGGCAGAGACUGGAGAUGCUAAUUGGGAUGUGCCAUCUUACAAUUCUAAAGACCAUGGACCCGCCUACAACCUGACGGAUGAUUGGCCGGUCUACGAUCCCAAAGACGACGGGCCUCUUCAUAACCCAGAGGAUGAUGGUCCACGCCGAAAACUUAGUACUAAGGCAGCAGGAGGCAGGACAAACAACACCAAGGUCCGUAUUCCUCCACCGCGAACGACCGCCGCUACACAUGCAAACAUCGACGACUUUAGAGUAACCAUCCUAGCGGACUCCAAUCGUGACGGCAAGGUAGACAUAACAGGAGACACCGACCUCGCGAGCAAAGAAACAUGGACAGCAGAGUUCGGCGCGCUCUUCCUGGCCAAUAUUGUUGAUACAAAUCGCCGAUGCUCGUCCCAGAUCACCGGCUCAUGCGCAAGCGAGCUAGGCGAUGUUUUCUUUCUUGGAACCUCGUUGCCUGAAAAGCCGGACCUCAACAGAAUUCUUGAGAAGCUAGCCGAUGCUACUUCUGCGGAGAAAGGGUCCGAUGGCCUGAGCGAAAGUGACAGGGCUCUCAGUGAGUGGUGGAAGAAGAAUCAAGAAUAUCAGAUGGCCAUUAGAGAUAGGGCGGUGAAUAAACGCAUAUCUGAAUGCCAUGAUUCUUCCGAUGAUGUUCUACGCAACUCAACCUAUCUUGCACCACUUAGAACCACGCCAAAUCCAGGACUUAGCGACCUAGCCAUAGGUUCCAUCACCGUGGCUAACGACACCGCCGCCUCUAAAGUCCGUCUCUUCCAUAAGGCAUCCGGUCAAUGGACUUUCAUCUCGUCAAACUAUACUUUUAAGGCCGAGGAUCUCAAGACUGGUCUAGAGCUUGGCAUUGACGCGCGUGAUGUUCGCCGUCCAGGAGGGUGGGAUGGCAGAGUGAUCGUGGAGUUUAUGGUGAGAGAUGGGGAGAAGGAGGCCAGGGACUGGGUAGCACUUCGCGUUGCGCCUGUCUUGACGCAACAUCAUGGUCAGCCUGCGGAGCAACUGCUCACAGCAACUGAUAAAAGGAGCACUGGACAGGACCGCUUUAUCAAGGAUCUCAGAGAAAUGUCUGCCAAAGCGGGAUUAAAGACGCCCCUCCAUGUCUUCGACACUUCUGGAUGCGAUAAUGACAUUUGGGCUCAAGACUUUUUCGAGCCCGGCUACAUGAGCAUUCCAGGAACCGACGGCCCCAUUGGAAUACAUAUCAUGAUAAGAUCUGCUCAAGACUACCGCGAUACCGGACGCAAGAUAUUCCAAGACUUGAGGUCCAAUACAGUAGGAGCUGUCCAGCACCUGGAUUACGGCUCUCAAACUGACUCCACAGGUAAUCUGGAGACUAUCCCCCCAUACACGCACAAUGGCAAGUCGUAUGCUGCGGGACGAGCUGUAAUGGGGUCCCUGGACGGGAGGAAACCGUACAUGAUGGCCUUCUUAGAGGCUCAGGAGACGCAGGCCCCGAUUGAGCUCGACACGUCAUGGCUUGCUGCCCAGCACAUGGACGAAUUUAUUCAAUUUCUUCCCGUUGAAAGUGAGCGCGGCUGGGUCAUGACAGUGGCUGACCCGCAUGCAGGCCUUGAGAUACUCCAGAAGGCUCAGCAGGACGGUCACGGCAACGAAAUGGCUGUCUCUCGCCCACGGUCGCCUAAUGACCCGCCAAAUUGGCGUAUUGCAACUAGUAUCAAUGAUGUGCUAAAUACUCCCAUGUUUGCCAGCUUCCAGGAUGCUUGCGCUUCCAAUAUUGAGAAAAAUAUCGAUAUAAUCAAGCGAGAAACAGGUAUUGACGAUGCAGAAAUCAUUCGCAUUCCUUCUCUGUAUCAGGUUCACAAAAGCGAGAUUUGGCAAUAUUCACAUGACACGCAUGUCACUGAUGCGGAAACGAAUCAACCUUUCAGCGAGAUUCGGCCAUUGGAUGAUGAGAAACAGCGCCACCAGAUCCACAAUCAAGUGCGCGACCAGGAUAUUACAGAGCAGCAGGAACAACAGCCAGCGAAUGAUUCUGAGCAAGAUGUCAGCAAAGGGCUUAACGCUAUUGAGGCUGCCACACCGCCCGAAUACUUGAAGCAGCAACCAGCCAAUGUAAUAGUGAGGGAGCUGAGGGCCCGUCAAGAAAAAGGCAAUGGACCUGCCACAUCCCUCUACCCCGCCACUAUUAAUAGUGUUGUUCUGGGCAAUAGGCAAGUUCUCGCCCCUAACCCAUGGGGACCAGUUAUCCAGGGCCAGGAUGUGCUAGCCGCGGCAGUGACCGCGGCCUACGCCCAGGCCAAUUACACUGUUCGCUACAUAGAUGACUGGUUCACGCACUACAAAAAUUAUGGUGAUGUCCAUUGCGGGUCGAACGUCAUUCGUGGAAUUGCAACUGCCAAGUGGUGGUAA